CGACAUCCUAUAUUCGGCCAUCGACUUUCCAUCAAUUCUAUACCAUUUUCAUCUCAAAGCCCCACUAAUUCCAUCAAAACUCAUCGUCAAUAAUGGCUCGCACUAAGCAGACUGCCCGCAAGUCUACUGGUGGCAAGGCUCCCCGUAAGCAGCUCGCGUCCAAGGCUGCCCGUAAGGCCGCUCCCUCCACUGGAGGUGUCAAGAAGCCUCACCGCUACAAGCCUGGUACCGUCGCUCUCCGUGAGAUCCGUCGCUACCAGAAGUCCACUGAGCUUCUGAUCCGAAAGCUCCCCUUCCAGCGUCUGGUCCGUGAAAUCGCCCAGGACUUCAAGUCCGACCUCCGCUUCCAGUCCUCCGCCAUCGGUGCUCUCCAGGAGUCCGUUGAGGCCUACCUCGUCUCCCUCUUCGAAGACACCAACCUGUGCGCUAUCCACGCCAAGCGUGUCACCAUCCAGUCCAAGGACAUCCAGCUUGCUCGUCGCCUCCGUGGUGAGCGAUCUUAAGUUGUUUUUCGUGGUUGGUUCUUCUGGGACGGCGAUAACGGGGUUCAUCUUUUCUUUUUCAUGACUGGCGAUACAUGACGGGUUUUCUUUUUCCAAUAUCAAUGGGUUCGGCACUGGGUUUUGUUUUUUCUCGCUACGUUAAAUAGUAGGCUGCCCAUUAGCGGCUGGACGGAUUCUCAUGGGUCUUGAAUACUAUGUACAUUAAGAAUCUUCCACAUGGUGUCUUGUCGAUGCCACCGGAUGGCAUAGACACGAAUUCAGUAUCUAUGAUCAAAUCAACUCCAGUCGCCCC